GGUCGGGGAGGGGGGGAGUAAAUGUAUUUUUAUUAGCUUCUGUGCUUGCUAAGAUGAUGAAGGCUUUAAAUAGAUGUUUGAUUUUAAAACAAGUCUUGUCACGUUCCACGUUUCCGCUUCCUGCGUCUUAUUUUGUAGACUCUUACUUGUGUCCUGCUCACGUGCCUGACUUCCGGUUAGAGGCGGGACAACAGGGCACACCUGCUAUCGAUUAGCGUACGGUUCCUAAGUACUUACAUGAUUGACGGCAGCUGGCAGUUAACCUCUUCGAGGUCUUUCAGGACGUUUUCUAUCUUUCACGUUGUCCUGUUUUUCUACGGCCAAGUUUCCUUGCCCAGUCAUAUUUUCGACGCAUUUGUUCCAUACAGUCGCCCUGUUUGUGCCUAGCUGUCUUCAGCCAUUUUUCGUCAUUAGCGGAACCUUUUGCUGCUAAGUUUCUUUUUCUUUAAAAAAAAAAGUUAUAUUUACCUGCACAUUAGUUAGUUAGAGUUUUGUUUAUUUUCUGAUGCUGGGGCCACAUUAAACUACUCUUUGUACUUUUCCAGUGUCCAGUCUUAACACAGAAAAUACUAUGCUUUCACUUCCGGGCAUCGUCGUCAAGAUAAGCUUAAAACCCUGCUGUUACCAUAACAACGGCCGCACGAGGUGGGAGGGGGGACGCCUCGAGCAGGUUAUGAUUGGUUAGCACGCUGUCGUCGAUGGUAUUAUCCUCAAUCCGAUUCGCUCAAAGUAUUGUCGUUCGUAAAGGCUUGACGAUGAUUGGCUAGUUGCGUGUACGGACCCGCCUCUGCGAAUAAAGCCCCUUAGCUUGUAGUGAAGUUGGAAAGAAGCGAGCAAGAAAAAAAAAGAGUGACGGUUUGCAAAGAAGAAAUGUUUUAUUUUACGACGACUUGCUACUUUGUUCACCGGGUAAAAGUUGUAAAAUAGGUGAAGAAAUGUAACGUUUGCUCGUCGGUGGUUGUUGCUUCACGAUGGAGGAACCCGCGACGAGAGAACAUCACACGUCAGAGGAGGACUUGCAUCCAGGAGAAGACAGCAGUGACAAUGGAAGCAUCAGAAAGGGGUGCGAUCCUUUCGCUCAAUCUCAACGCAGUAAACUGCAGCACCGGCGAGCUCGCAUCAACCAGCAAAUAAACAAGGAGAUGCGCAUGAGAGCCGGAGCGGAAAACCUCUUCAGGGCAACGACAAACAACAAAGUGAAAGAGACGGUGGCGCUGGAACUCAGCUACGUCAACUCCAACCUCCAACUGCUGAAAGAAGAACUGGAGGACCUGAACAGCAACAUGGAAGUCUACCAGACCGAUAGCGAGGCGGUCAACGUUCCCAUGAUCCCACUGGGGUUAAAAGAAACCAAGGAAGUGGACUUCACCAUCCCUAUCCAGGACUUCAUCAGUGAACACUAUGGAGAAGACGGCUUGCUGUACAACCAGGAGAUAAAGGAGCUUACGGAGCUUAGACAGGCCAUGCGCACGCCCAGUCGGGACCAGACUGGCUUGGAGUUGCUGAUGGAGUACUACAACCAACUGUACUACGUGGAUCAACGCUUCUUCCCCCCACACCGUACCCUGGGUGUGCACUUCCACUGGUACGACUCUCUGACCGGCGUUCCGUCCUGUCAGCGAGCUUUAGCCUUUGAGAAGGGAAGCGUGGUGUUCAACAUUGGUGCUUUGUACACGCAAAUCGGCGCGCGGCAAGAUCGCUCCGCCGCAUCCGGGAUAGACCGAGCUAUUGAGGCUUUUCAGAGAGCCGCAGGUACAUUUCAUUACCUGAAAGAGAACUUCUCCAACGCACCGAGUCUCGACAUGAGCGGACCGUCGCUGUGCAUGCUGGUGCGUCUGAUGGCGGCCCAGCUGCAGGAGUGCGUCUUUGAGCGCACUCUGCUCACCGCGCAGGACACGCACUUCACGUCUCUGCUGUGCCUGGCGCAGGAGGCCGCACGGGUGUCGGACUGCUACGUGUUGGUGCAGCAGGCCGUGUCGCAGCCGCUGAUGAAGGACUACGUGCCUUUCUCGUGGGCGUCCAUGGUUCAGGUCAAGGCGGAACACUUCCGAGCGCUCUCGCACUACUUUGCUGCCGUCGCGUUCUGUGACCAGAUGUUGUCCGAAGAAGAAAACUGUGAAGAGGAGGCAGAAAAGGCCUUUCUCCAGUUCUACGUCAGCACGCCUGCAGGGCCGCAUUGGCACCAGCUUUUGAGAGACCCAGAGCAAAGACGCAAGCUGAGUAAAGCCCACUUGCGCCUUGCGGUGAUGAGACACGAGGAGGCCAUGCGGAUCCACGGUCUGUGUAAGAUCUUAAGGAAGAUGGACAUCUUGCAGGACAUCCUAUCAGUGGCACACAAGCGUUCUUUGGACAAGUACUCUGAAAUGGACCGGGAGGAUGACUUCGAUGAAACGGCAGAAGCACCGGAGAUACGAUCUCAAAGCCCUCAGAAGCCCGACAUCAUCCCAGCCAACUUCUCCGCUGUCCAAGUCACGGAUAUCUUCCAAAGAUUGGGGCCUUUGGCAGUGUUCUGUGCUCGAGCUCGAUGGGGCCCGGCACGUCGGAUUUGCCUCCAGAGGAGAGAAGGUGGUUUAGGACUCACGCUCAGAGGAGACUCCCCUGUGUUGGUGGCCGGGGUCGUCCCUGGAGGCUGUGCAGCGGAGGCAGGCCUGAAGGAAGGAGACUACAUCGUGGCCGUGGAUGGGCGGGACUGUAAGUGGGCCAAACACGGUGAAGUGGUGACCAUGCUGAAGAACUGCGGCGACAAAGGGGUGGAGCUUAGCGUAGUUACCUUCCAUUUGCAUGACGCUCAAGUUGCAAAAAGGGCCUUUAUGGCGUCGCACGGCAGCGAUAAAGAGAACUCUCGGCAGAGGGUUUGGGGUGUGGCUAAAGGACAGAGCUCCGCCUCCUUACUGAACUGGAACAGGAAGAAGAAGAGGGAAGGCAACGGGACCUCCAAGAGACCGGGAGGCACUUUCAGUUUGUCUUUUGGGAGCAUCCGAGACGCGGAGGGAAUGUAUUAGGAUGUCAACUCUACCGGCGCAUUUAUCCUAUGCUGUCAUAUUUCAUAUUUCUAUGGCGGCCCGCCACAAAAUACAAUACACGGGAUAUUUGUGGCUAUAUUUCAUGAGUGAUCAGUGCGUCUCAACUGGUGCACUUGCGUACUUAUUUACACUUGAGUGCAUAAGUGCCUACACACUGACAAGUACCCAGAUGCUAGAACUUGAUGGACACACGGCAUCUUGGCUAGAUAGCAGAGGGGGCGGGACUAACACAUGUGAUUUUUAUUAAAAAAGGAGGGGAAGAAGAGCGCUAAUUUGGGACAGGACUACGUUGGCACACUCGGAUCCAAGUAGACAAUCCGAGUCCAAGUACACGCCCCUAGGAGACAUGGCGGUGAUGUUGGUGUGGCAUUGUCGGGAAAUACGAAGACGAAAUAUGGCAGUCGUGUCACAAAGUCAUCAUUCUUAUGUUCCAAUAAAUGUAAUAUGGAAUUUUUUCCUGCCAUGUUUUAGAGCCAACCACUAAGAACCUUUAGAACAGGGGUCUCAAACUCAAUUUACCUGGGGGCCACUGGAGCUAGGGUCUGGGUGAGACUGGACCGCAUCAGGUUUUCCAAAAAACAGCAAAAAAAAAACGCAUUUAUUAAAAACAGAAAAAUAUACAAACCUUUUCAGUGCUUUGGUUCCGAUUUUCUACAAUAAAAGCUCUGAUAAAACAUUCCACUGUUCUCAAAUAUCUUAAUUUUUAUUUUUCUGCACAAAAUAAGAUGAAAAAAACAAAUCAAGAAUAAAUCAGUAAUAAAUAAAUAUAAUAAUAAUAUUAAAACGGCAAAUAAUAAAAACUUAAGAAACCACAUAUAGUUGGUGGGUAGACAAAUUAUUUUUUUCAGAUUAAAAUGAACAAAGCAUUAUUAGAGCCCUGUAGACAUGACAAAACACGACUAUAUAAACACGACACAUUUAUACUCUUUUUAUUUACAGUGAAGAAAAUAAGUAUUUGAACACCCUGCUAUUUUGCUAUUUCUCCCACUUAGAAAUCAUGGAGGGGUCUGAAAUUUUCAUCGUAGGUGCAUGUCCACUGUGAGAGAGAUAAACUAAAAAGAAAAAUCCAGAAAUCACAAUGCAUGAUUUUUUUAACAAUUUAUUUGUGUGAUACAGCUGCAAAUAAGUAUUUGAACACCUGAGAAAAUGAAUGUUAAUAUUUGGUACAGUAGCCUUUGUUUGCUAUUACAGAGGUCAAACGUUUCCUGUAGUUUUUCACCAGGUUUGCACACACUGCAGGAGGGAUCUUGGCCCACUCCUCCACACAGAUCUUCUCUAGAUCAGUCAGGUUUCUGGGCUGUCGCUGAGAAACACGGAGUUUGAGCUCCCUCCAAAGAUUUUCGAUUGGGUUCAGGUCUGGAGACUGGCUGGGCCAUGCUAGAACCUUGAUAUGCUUCUUACGGAGCCACUCCUUGGUUUUCCUGGCUGUGUGCUUCGGGUCGUUGUCGUGUUGGAAGACCCAGCCACGACCCAUCUUCAAUGCUCUGACAGAGGGAAGGAGGUUGUUCCCCAAAAUCUCACAAUACACGGCCCCAGUCAUCCUCUCUUUAAUGCAGUGCACUCGUCCUGUCCCAUGUGCAGAAAAACACCCCCAAAGCAUGAUGCUACCACCCCCAUGCUUCACAGUAGGGAUGGUGUUCUUCGGAUUGUACUCUUCAUUCUUCUUCCUCCAAACACGCUUAUUGGAAUUAUGACCAAAAAGUUCUAUUUUGGUCUCAUCUGACCAUCAAACUUUCUCCCAUGACUCCUCUGUAUCAUCCAAAUGGUCAUAUGCAAACUUAAGACGGGCCUUGACAUGUGCUGGUUUAAGCAGGGGAACCUUUCGUGCCAUGCAUGAUUUCACAUCAUGACGUCUUAGUGUAUUACCUACAGUAACCUUGGAAACGGUGGUCCCAGCUCUUUUCAGGUCAUUGACCAAGUCCUGUCGUGUAGUUCUGGGCUGAUUCCUCACCUUUCUUAGAAUCAUUGAGACCCCACGAGGUGAUAUCUUGCAUGGGGCUCCACUCCGAUUGAGAUUGACCGUCAUGUUUAGCUUCUUCCAUUUUCUAAUGAUAGCUCCAACAGUGGACCUUUUUUCACCAAGCUGCUUGGUAAUUGCUCCGUAGCCCUUUCCAGCCUUGUGGAGGUGUACAAUUUUGUCUCUGGUGUCUUUGGACAGCUCUUUGGUCUUCGCCAUGUUACAAGUUAAAGUCUUACUGAUUGUAUGGGGUGGACAGGUGUCUUUAUGCAGCUAACGACCUCAAACAGGUGCAUCUGAUUCAGGAUGAUACAUGGAGUGCAGGUGGACUUCUAAUGGGCAGACUAACAGGUCUUUCAGGGUCAGAAUUCUAGAUGAUACACAGGUGUUCAAAUACUUAUUUGCAGCUGUAUCACACAAAUAAAUUGUUAAAAAAAUCAUGCAUUGUGAUUUCUGGAUUUUUCUUUUUAGUUUAUCUCUCUCACAGU